AUGGCAGAAGAGCGAAAGUCGGAAUCUCCGUCGAGCAGCGAGGAUUCAUCCGCUCAGAAACAAGAUCCAUUAGAAAGAAGAAGACUACAGAAUCGAUUAUCCCAAAGGAAUCAUCGACGAAAGAUCAGAGACCGCAUCGCCAAGCUCCAAGAGCGUGUGGUUGCAAAUGAACUGCGAGCAGCAGCAGCGCUGAAUGGAUGGGAUCAGCCAUAUACAUCUUCACAACCCACCUCGACACACCACUCGCAUUUCACCCCAUACAAAGAACCAGAUCUGAGCUUCGGCUCACCAGAUCACUCACCACUGAGCACGGAACCAUCUACGCCUUUCUUCCCAUCUUAUCCCUUCUCUAGUCACGCUAUAAGCUCCGCUGAUAUGAACAUCUCUUAUUCUGGUGAUGCAUUCUACUUUCUUGACUCUGCCACAUGUUCCCCAUCUACAUAUUCAACUCCUCGCAGCAACCAUGGUGUCCCGCUUAUAGUCGGAAACAAUCCGGAUCUCGAACCACUUCAAGAUCCGUGGGCGCUCGGAUCAGGAGUUGUUGGAAAUACGGCUCUCCCAGAAACAGAACUCCCAGGAUGCACGAACCAAAAUAUCUUCUAUGUCACAACGGGUACGCUGAACAGAGUCUCAAUACUUUAA